AUGUUUACCUUACGUAACUUUGGCACGCGAUCUUUGAAAACACGUAUUAUUCGCAAUACCGCAACCAUAAAGCUACCACAAAAGGCAUUAUUUAAUAACUAUAGCCGUCAUAGAUACGAUGAAAUAGCUAGAGUAGCUAAGCCAGCACCUUUAUGGGAAGCCUCUGCAGUCGUUGAUGGGGUUAUUAAACCACUUUCACUUAAAGACUACAUUUCUAAAUUUUUGGUUAUGAUUUUUUAUCCUAUGGAUUGGACUUUUGUGUGUCCAACUGAAAUGGUUGCUUUCUCGGAUAAUAUCCAAAAAUUUAAAGACAUAAAUACUGAAGUAGUUGGUAUCUCUUGUGAUUCACCUCAUUCUCAUAUCGCGUGGGAGGGUACUUUCAUUAUUGAUGACAAGGGUAUUCUUCGUGUUGCGCAUGUUAACGAUACUCAGAUCGGUCGAUCUGUUAAUGAAACGCUUCGUCUUGUUGAAGCCAUUCAGUUCGCAAACAAACACGGUGAAGUUUGUCCAGUGAACUGGAAAAGUGGAGAUCGCACGAUAGUUCCAGACCCAAAGUUAUCCAAGGAUUAUUUUUCUCAAAUUUAA